AUGCAUCGAUACUGUUGUCAUAUACCACCAUUCACGCAACCGGCCGCUGAAUCGCUGAAGCCUGGGCUAGCGUGGCUCACGAGAAGUGGUACGGGGAAGAUUCAGAACCUGGGAAAGAGCGAACACGACCCCGAGGAGGACGUGCGGGCUUGUGUGGGCCUCAUGGAGAAGACCGAGAAUGGGCCAGGCUUUGGCGAAUUCAAGAUCGACACGGAGUCGAUCUUCGAGCGCAUCGCUCGGUCGAGAGGGGAAAAGCGACGACCACCAUCUGCUGCAAAAACGGAUUCUGAGGUGCUCGAGGGUUUGAUUGGGGCAAGACCCUCACAUCACUUUGCGUUUGGUCGGUUCACUGGCCUCGCCAACGCUCUUGGAUCAAACAGCGACUCCACGCCUCCAACGUUUCCUCCUGAAUCUCCCUCCGCUCAUAUCGAUGAGGUACUCGCCACACUCGACAACCACCUCAGCACGGUGCAUCCGCGCCGCAUGGUUGAGCUGAAUGCGCGCAACGCGGCCUUCGAGAGCGCUCUCGAGCAGGGAAAGAUACCCGAGUACCUUGACAAGGAGAUGUGGGGGAUGAGCGAGGACGCGAGGGCUCUGCAGGAGGAGACUGAGAAGUCGAUGCAGGGUCACUCGACAUCAGACGCGCCGCCGUCGUCUUUGACAUCGCUCUCGUUGUUGAAAGAACAGACGAGGCUGCUUGAACAGGCCAUCGCCCAGGCUGCCCUUGCGGCGCAGGCGCAGGCAGAGAAAGAGGCGGCGUUGGAGAAGAAGGACGAGGGAUCUGACUUCGAGGAGGAAGAGGAGGAGGAAGAGGCGUGCUGA